CCCAAGAUUUUUCAUAUGACUCUAUUUUUAAAGUUCUUUUUUCCCCACAGGUGUAAUAAUUCUGUCUGUAAUAUUGUCAUCAAUUUAGACUUUAGGUUUUAACAGUUUCUAUUUUGCGUUAGGCUUACAAAAAAUACUUUACAUAACUUAGAGCAUGAGCAAACAGACAAUGUAAACAUAUCCAGCAUUUACUAAAUAAAUAUAUUUUACAGUCUCCACGGGUUCGUGUUUAUUCCUAAUUUAUUUACUCCCAGAGUUCAGUCAAGUUUAAACAGUCGGCCUACUUUUUCUUCCCUCAAAUCCUCCGCUCAGAUAGUCUCCUCUCACGUUUUGAAGGCUGUGCCAAAUGCGCAAACCCUCUCCUCCUCCUCCUCCUUCAUGGUGGUGGGACAGGUCUUCUCCGACCGAUCAUGCGGCUGAACGCGCGCGUCAUGCCGCUUCCUCCUCCUCUACCUCUGCGAGCGAUCAGUGGCUCUGUGUUCCGCAAUCCCCUGGGAUCCUGUGCCGCCCUCGAUGGCUCUGCCAUCGCCGCUUCUCUCUCACUUGAAUGGCCGCCCGGAGCGAGGAGGAGGAAAACUGGGGAGGCUGAGAGUGUUGUGUCACCUCCUUUGAACCAAACCAAAAAGAAAGAAAGAAAAAAAGAAGAGAAAAGAUAGAUAAUCUCGGCACCAUCAGCUCCCCCCCAGCGAGGCGCAAAACCCUUUGGUGGUGUGCGUAGGCGCACCAUGGCCCAGACCCUCCAGAUGGCGAUCCCAAACUUUGGCAACAACAUUUUAGAGUGUCUGAACGAGCAGCGGCUGCAAGGCCUCUACUGCGACGUCUCCGUUGUGGUCAAGGGCCACACCUUUAAGGCUCAUCGAGCUGUUCUGGCUGCCAGCAGCUCGUAUUUCCGGGACCUUUUCAGCAGUGGCGGCGGCAAUGGUUCAGGGGGUAAUGGCAACGAGACGAACCCCACCGUAGUCGAGCUCCCACCGGCUGUGCAGCCUCAGAGCUUCCAGCAGAUUCUGGCUUUCUGCUACACAGGUCGCCUCAGCAUGACAGUGGGAGACCAAUUUCUCCUCAUGUACACUGCCGGCUUCCUUCAGAUCCAACAGAUCAUGGAAAAAGGCACUGAGUUUUUCCUCAAGGUAUCCUCCCCUAGUUGUGACUCCCAGGGUCUUCACACAGAGGAAACCCCACCAUCGGAGCCUCAGAGCCCCGUAACACAGACGGGUAAUGGCGCAGUCCGGCCUCCCUCCAGCCUGACUCCGUUACCACUUGUUUCACGAGUCAAAGCGGAGCAGCCGACCAACCAGACAGAAGCAGCCGCUCCUUAUUCUGUAGUCUGUACCCCUGUAGCCAAGCGGCUGUGGGAGGGCGGCAGCAGCCGAGAUGGAGGAGGCGGAGGCUCGGGCGGAGGAGGCGGGGCCAGGAAAGCAGCCCGGUACUCCCAAGAAACAGUACGAGGCAGUGCUAUCCAAAGCCCCGGAGCCCUGGGGCUGGCCAUGGGUAUGAGUGCCAACACAACUAGCCUGGCCGGGAUGGUKGGCGGUGGCGGGAGUAGCGGAAAUGCCAGCACCAACGGGACGUCCGCAACAGGGCUCGGCAUGUCAGAGGGUGCCAGCCCCGGGACCCUGAGCACCUACGCUAGCGACUCGCCCAUCAGUUACCAYGAUGAUGAAGAGGAAGAAGAAGGGACAGAUGAAAGUGCUGAAGAGCAGUACAGGCAAAUCUGCAACAUGUAUACGAUGUACAGUAUGCUCAACAUGGGAGCUGCAGCUGCUGGCGAGCGGGUCGAGGCUCUACCAGACCACACAGAGACUCGGGGUCGGAUGAGAGGCCGAGACCUUACCUGUCUCCCUGCAGAACUCAUCGCUCAGAUAGGCAACCGCUGUCAUUCCAAACUGUACGAGGAGGGAGACCCUGCUGAGAAGCUGGAGUUAGUCUCAGGUACUUCUGUGUAUAUUUCGCGAGCACAGCUCAUGAACUGUCAUGUGAGUGCUGGGACCAGACACAAGGUGCUGCUGAGGAGGCUGCUGGCUGCCUUCUUUGACAGGAAUACUCUGGCCAACAGCUGCGGAACGGGGAUCCGGUCAUCCACCAACGACCCGAGCCGCAAGCCCCUGGACAACAGAGUGCUCCAUGCUGUCAAAUUUUAUUGCCAGAACUUUGCCACCAGCUUCAAAGAGAGCGAGAUGAACGCCAUCGCGGCAGACAUGUGCACCAACGCCCGCCGCGUGGUGCGCAAGAGCUGGAUCCCCAAGCUGAAGCUGCUGAUGGCGGAGAGCGACGCCUACUCUGCUUUCCUCCCGGACGGCGUGAAGACAGAGGACGACGCGCUGGGGGUGGACCCGGGUUUCGACCACGGCUCGCUGGAAAACGCCGGCGGGGCCGGCAUGGAGUCCGGCGGCUCCUCGGGCGAAUCUCUGCAAGGCGUGGGCGGGGACGGAGGACCGUUGUUUUGAACGUUCGGUCRGGGGGGGGAAGGUGGAAGUCUAACGACUCGCCUAUCCGUGUUUUCCCCAGAUGUGCUUGCCUCCUCACUUUCUGGCCCACGCUGAUCUCUCACAUCUUGACUUGACGUUUUGACACUGCAAGUGGCAACAGCUGCCACCCUGAUAUAACAAGGACAAGAGAACUUACAGUUUCUGCUUUAUUGACUGUGAUAUGAAGUAAAGGGAGGAAACGGAUGGUGUAGGAGGGUCUGGCCUCCACCUCCGCUCGUCUUUAUAAUGUAAGUGCAUCCACUGUUGCGUAUUAAAUACAUUUCCUGAGGUGGAGGUGGUUGGGAGGGGGAACCGUCCGUUCUCCCUSAGGUGGAGGGGAUGUCUGGAUGAACAGGCUGGAGGCAGAGGUGACAAGUAUAUUGAAUGUAAGUGUCACUGGCAUUUUUCUCUAUGCAAGCCUGACAACUUGUAUUCCAACCUCGGGAAAAAGAACUAAAAAAAAAAAGAAAUCCUCAUUUAAACAAAUUAACACUACUUGUUCUUCCGCCCCCGUGCAUUCUUCCUCUCAUUGCCCCGUGAGUAUCCUUCAGCCCACCUCACCUUCGUCGAGACCAGAGAAUCUCAAAACGAGUGCUUCACUGUGCCGCCUCUUGCAGAAGUUCUCACCUUUUUUUUUUUUGUUUUUGAUUGUUUUUUAGUUUUGUUUUUGUUCUGUUUUUUUUCCACAUUCCUGUCUGUGAAGGGAAAAGUGUGAGGGCGGGGAAAGCUUUUUACAGAGAUGAUUGUAAAGAAGAUUGGGGGUGGGGGGCUAACAGGUUACU